AAGAAAUACGUAUUCGCUGUAGAGGAUAAGAAUUGCUACGCGAUCUGGACAUCUGGUGGCAGAGAGCAAAACGUCCCAUCCGGUACAUAAGUAUACCGCGAGGCGCGAGUCUCAGACGCUAUAACGCAUAUAUUCUGCCAUAUAGGAAUCAUGGCAGGAAUUGUGAAAAAAUCACUUGUAAUGCUGUGUCAGCAUCAAGCGGUUAUCAGUCAGCUGGGAUAUCAGAACUCGCGAACGAUAACUACUGUGGCCAAAAAGUACGUGUUUUCGAAACACUUUAGCGGGGAACCCAAACCGACGGAUCUGAAACUUGUCGAGGAAGAACUGCCGGCUGUUAAAGAUGGAGAGAUUCUCGCCGAAGCCGAAUACCUCUCGGUCGACCCAUACAUGAGAGCCUACACCGUCCGUUUGCCCGUGGGCAGAACGAUGAUAGGCUCGCAGGUAGCAAAGAUCGUCGAGUCGAAGAACCCGAAUUACCCAGUCGGCAAAAGGAUAGUGGGCUACAUGGGAUGGAGAUCCCAUACGGUUUUGAAUCCGGAGAAGCCUGCGUCGAAGGACCAAAUAAUGAAGGACAGGCCUUACAUCAUACCCGACCUCGGCGAUCUAUCUCCCUCGCUCGCUUUGGGAGUUUUGGGAAUGCCUGGCAACACGGCGUACUUUGGAUUCCUGGAAAUAUGUGCGCCGAAAGCCGGUGAAACGGUGGUCAUCAGCGGAGCCGCUGGUGCGGUCGGUUCGCACGUCGGACAAAUUGCCAAAAUUCACGGCCUCAAAGCCAUCGGCAUCGCAGGCUCCGACAGCAAGUGCAAAUGGCUCGUCGACGAGUUGGGCUUCGAUCGAGCGAUAAACUACAAAACGGAAAAUAUCGCCGCGGCUUUGAAGGAAGCUGCGCCUGAUGGUGUGGACUGCUACUUCGACAACGUGGGCGGCGACAUCUCCACUACGGUAAUCUAUCAAAUGCGAGAAUUUGGCAGAGUUUCGAUUUGCGGCAGCAUCUCCUCUUACAACAGCGAUUCGUUACCCAAAACGAGGAUACUUCAGCCCGCUGUGGUGUUCAAUCAAUUAAAGAUGGAAGGAUUCAUUGUGACUAGGUGGUCUGAUCGAUGGCUCGAAGGUAUCGAGAAGAAUAUGCAGUGGAUUCGGGAGGGGAAGCUCAAGUACAAGGAAACCGUCACCGAGGGCUUCGAAAACAUGUUCCAGGCUUUUCAUGGCAUGCUGAAAGGCGAGAACGUCGGAAAAGCCGUUGUUAAGGUGUAAACUUAUAUUGAGGCGUUUUUUGAAACGAGUAUUUUUUAUGCAAAGUUAUAUUUAUAAGGGAUGUAUAUUUUUAUAAUUUUGUUACGUGUUAGCGAGAAAUAAAUAUUUGUGAUAGAAAAAAAUA